AUGGCGAUGGGAGAGAAAGAGUUGCCUUAUUCUGUCGAGUAUGCCAAAAGCGGUCGUGCAGGUUGCAAAGGCUGUAAUGGCCUAAUUUCACAGAAUCAUACUACUGACUCAACUUCUAAAAUAGAAAAGUUUCAUUCCGGGUGUUUUUGGAAGAAGAUCAAGCAAAAUGAGAUUAAUGAGGUUUCUAUUCGGGGAAUCGAACUUCUGAAAUGGAAAGAUCAAGAAUGGAUUCGUAAAAAAAUUGCUGAUAAUCGUGGUUUCUAUGAAUAUUUAAUAUUCUGUAGAGAUAGAAAUGGAGUUUCAUGUGCCGAAAACCACACUUUCAAACUCGUAGCUGAGUAUGCCAUAACAUGUCGCAGCAAAUGUGUCAUAUGCAAAAAAAGUAUUGAAAAGAAUACUCUUAGACUUGGACUGAAGUCUGCUUGGUACCAUACCAAUUGCUUUAACCAAAUACCACAGCAUGCUAUAACUACUGAAAAUAUUACUGGAUAUCAUGAUCUAUUAACAACUGACCAAAAAAUUUUGAAAUCGAUAUUCAAUUUUGAACCCAAUAAGAACAAAAAAAGGAAGAGAAGUGUUGCCAGUUUAGUUACUAUCAAAAAAACAAAAAAGGAAGAGUCUGCUAUAAAAGAAGAAAGGAAGCGUCUUCAGUUAAUUAUUUUGUGUCCACCUCGAAAAUUUUUACAGGCACAAGCAGAUGAAAUGUGGUUGGCAAGACAGAAAUUAUCAAAAGGACUUAGUAAAAGCAAUAUGCAAGAUCUGUUAAGAGCAAACAAUCAAGCACUACCUGCAUAUGGUGGAGAAUCCAAGUUAUUAGAUCGUCUUGUCGACUGCAUAGUUUUUGGUUGUCCUCUUCCCUGUGAACAAUGCAAAGGAGGUACUAUUGCUUACAGCGCAGCACAGCGAAAUUAUGUUUGUACUGGCUAUGUCUCUGAAUAUACGCAUUGUACGUACAAAUCACGUAAUCCACCUCGGAAGUCAUUUAUUGUUCCUGAUGAUUUCAAAGAUUUUGAAGAAUUUAAGGAUUUCGAAGUGAAGGUCAAGGAUCCGAAAGAAAGGGAAUAUAGCACUUUAGACGAAGAAGUGGUGAAACCUAAAUUAUUUAAAUUGUGGAACCAGAAAUUAAAGGAGGCUGAUGAAGACCUUAUAAGUGGUGAUAAACCAGCUUUGAAUGAAACUGCUCAUAAAGUACAACGGCAAACUGUAAAGAAUGGAGCUGUUGUGGAUCCUGAAUGUGAUUUGGAUGAUGUACAUCGAAAGAUAUCUUUUUAUAGUCGAAUUAAUCAUUUGAAAUAUUUUUUAUCGUUAAAAUCAGGAAAACUUUGGGACACAACGCUGGGGAAAGUGGACUUUCAAAUUGGAGCAAAUUCUUUCUAUAAAUUGCAAUUAUUGAAACAUGAUGUUGAACAGAGAUACUACUUGUUUCGUUCUUGGGGACGAGUUGGUACUGUUAUCGGUGGCACAAAAACUGAUAAAUUUCGUGGAAAUUUGGAUGAAGCAAAACAACUUUUCGAAAGAUUGUUUGAAGAAAAAACUGGGAAUAGUUGGAAAGAUGUUGAAAAUUUUACGAAAGUACCUGGAAAGAUGUCGCUCAUUGAAACAGAUUACAAACACCCUAAAGAUUUGCAAGAGUCUUCUGUUAAACCAGGAUCAUUAUCGAAAUUACCAGAAACAAUUAAACAAAUUGUUAUGAUGGUGUUCAAUGUGGACACAAUGAACAACAUCUUGGAAAGUCUCGAGAUAGAUACUACUAAAAUGCCCCUUGGAAAAUUGUCAGAUCGUCAAAUAAAAUGUGCAUAUAAAGUUCUAACUGAACUACAGAGACUGAUUGAAAUUGGUAAUGCCAGAUUUGAAGAUUAUUUGGAUGCAACUAAUAGAUUUUUCACUUUGAUCCCUCACAAUUUUGGAAUAAGCAAACCGCCUCUUCUUGAUUCGCAAAAGCUUUUAAUCCGAUCACUUCAGGAUAAAACGAAGUUGCUCGAUGAUCUUUUACAGCUCGAAAUCACUUACAGCAUCUUAAACACUGACAACAAAGCAGAUAUCAAAAGAGAUCCUGUAGAUGUACACUACGAGAAGUUGCAUGCUGACUUAGAAAUAAUGGAUAAAGCAUCUGAAGAGUACAAACGAAUAUUGCAAUAUGCAGUUAAUACACAUGCGCCUACUCAUGACCAGUACAAACUUGAAAUUAUUGAUAUUAUUCGAGUGAAAUGCAGAAGUGAACUGGAAAAGUUCAAAAUCGAUAUUUCCAAUCAUUAUCUGCUCUGGCAUGGUUCAAGAAUAACAAAUUAUGCAGGUAUUUUGUCCCAAGGAUUACGAAUUGCACCACCAGAAGCACCAGUGACAGGUUAUAUGUUUGGCAAAGGCAUAUAUUUUGCGGAUAUGAUAUCAAAGUCAGCCAACUAUUGUUAUGCAAUGAAUACAGAAGGAUUAAUUCUGUUGUGUGAGGUGGCACUUGGUGAAAUACAAGAAGAAGUCGAUGCAAAACCGAUUAAAAAGCUCAAAAAAGGGAAACAUAGUGUGAAAGGCUUGGGACAAAUAAUUCCUGAUCCUAAUGAAUAUUUUGUAACGGAGAGUGGUAUCACACUGCCUAUGGAUGAUGGAAAUAUACACUCAUAUCACUUUGUUCUAAAGUAUCAUUACAGGUACAUCGUAUACGACGUGGCACAAGUUCAAAUCAGAUAUUUAGUGCGCGCUAAAUUUAUCUGUUCACUCUUUUGA